AUGCCUGUCAAGCAGAUCAACACGGAGCUGGGGCACUCGCUGCCCCCCGAGGCGCCGCACAAUAUCACGUUCCAUAUUCCCGGCUGGGACACGGCCAAGGCUCUCCGGCGCGGCGACCCCGAACUGAUGGCCAAACUUGUCUCCAUCUACCCGCGCUUCAGGCCAUUCAGCGAGGUGCGCGAGUUAUCAACCGUCCUCCAUGCCAGACUCUCCCUUCCCGCAACCCAAGGCCUCCUUCUCUACACUCACCCCGAUGUCUUCCAAACCACUCUCCGCUUCUCUGCCUCCCCCCACCGCCCGCCAAAUCACACCAUCCCCCCAUCCGACCUCUCCUUCCACGUCCUGGACAUCCCCUUAACCUUCCCGCUUCCCUCAGAGCCAGAAACCGACCUCCUGGGCAACGACGACCCUGUCCGCCUGUACGCCGUCGCAUACCCCCUAGACCUCGCCCCCGGCGCGAUGGGGGUAUGGAACAAUUCUGGCGUCGGCGUCAGCAGCAGGCUAGCUGCGGCUUUGCUCCCCGCGGUGCAGAGAGGGAAAGUGGAGGUUGUUUGGAAGUGGGAGGGUGGCGAUGCUGGCGCGGAGCAGGUUGGUAUCGAGCGGGUCCCUGGGUCCCGGGGGUUGCCUUGGGGCGAGGGACAUGUUGGAUUGAGGAGGAGGAUUGCGGGUCUGGUUGGUGGUGGUGGGGGAAAGGUCGGGGAAGAGGAGGUGUGGUUGUACCCAACGGGCAUGGCGGCUGUUUGGAGGCUGCAUCAGGCGAUGGUGGAGGUGAGGGGUAAAGGGAAGGUGGUGGUCUUGGGGUCGAUCUUUCAUAGUAGUUUUCAUUUGUUUGAGGAGAGUGAAGGGGGCGUGAAGCAUUUUGGGAAGUGUGAUGCGGAGAGUGGUGUCAUGGAGGAGCUGGAGGCGUGGCUGGAGAAGGAGAAGCAGGCUGGCAGGAGGGUGGCGUAUGUGUUUGCAGAGUUUCCGAGUAAUCCGAUUCUGGUGAGCGUGGAUUUGAGGCGGUUGAGGCAGGUGGCCGACAAAUACUCCGUCCCCGUCGUGGUCGAUGACACGAUCGGGUCUUUCUGCAAUAUCGACGUCUCCCCCGUGGUCGACGCCAUCGUCACGUCCAUUACGAAGUCCGUUAGCGGCUACGCCAACGUAAUGGGCGGCGCCAUCACCCUCCCUCCAUCAUCACCUCUCCAUGGCCCCCUCAAAUCAACCCUCACCGCGCAGUUCAUCAACGAAUACUUCCACCCAGACGCAGCCAAGCUCCUCGCCAACAGCGCCUCCUACCUCGCGCGUUCCGCCAUCCUCAACCGCAACGCCCUCGCCCUCGCCACCUUCCUCCACUCCCACUCCCAAUCCCCCACCUCCCCGGUCACCGCCGUCCUCUACCCGCCCUUCACCGACACCCACGCAAACUACGCCGCCAUGAUGCGUCCCGCCACAGCCGAUUUCAUGCCGGGCUACGGCUGUCUGAUGGCGAUCGAAUUCACCACCCUCCGCGUGGCCCGCGCAUUCUACGACAACCUCUCCGUGUUUCAUGGGCCUCAUCUCGGCGCUCACCACACCUUGGCAUUCCCCUUCAACGACGCGAUCUGGGGCACCGACCCCGAGGGGCUCGCAUACAUCCGCACGUACGGGGCCAAGGCAGAGCAGGUGCGUGUGAGCGUCGGAUUGGAGGAGGUCGAGGAGCUGGUGGAUACGUUCAAGGCAGCAUUGGAUGUUGCUGAGGAGGAGAGGAGGCGGGAGGAAGAGGGGAUGGGGAGGCGAUAA